AUGUGGAUCCAUACAGUCCUUCUGCGUAACAGAUUUUUUUGGCAUAUCAAUAUUCCAUCUAAUGCUACAUGGUCAUGGAGGAAGAUUCUUCAAAGCAGGGAAAGUUGUAGAAGUUUUUUCAUUACACAAAUUGGCAAUGGCUCCUCCACGUCUCUUUGGUAUGACUACUGGUUACCGGAUGGCAAAAGAUUAAUUGAUCUCCUUCCCCUGCGUAUACUCACCUCUACAGGGCUCUCAUGGAAUUCAAAGGUUUCUCACAUUAUUCAUGAUGGUGGCUGGAACUUCCCUAAUAUUCCUGCCCUUCAACCAACAUGGAAUACCAUAACUUUCACCCCCCUUCUUGACCGCGAGGAUCAAUGUCUUUGUCGCUUACACCCUUCAGGCGCAUUCACAAUCAAAUCUGCAUGGGACUUCCUUCGGGCAAAAAAACAAGUCAACAACUUGUAUCAUCUUUUUUGGUUCAAAGGCCAUAUACCCAGACACUCAUUCAUCAUGUGGUUAGCUAGUAUUGGCCGGCUACGCACGAUGGACAGAUUAUAUGGGAGGGUAACCAGUACAACUUGCAUCCUGUGUGGUCUUCAUAUGGAAACUCAUGACCAUCUCUUCUUUGAAUGUUACUACACCAAUCUGGUUUGGAUGUCUAUUUGUCAUAAAGCCAACAUGCAUUGGCCUCGCCAACCAUGGACGCAGUUGCUUCAAUGGACAGCUUCUUACUACAAGCAGAGGAAUGAUAGUGAACACAUGAUAGCCCGCCUUCUGUUAUCCACCACGGUUUACUUCCUCUGGUUUGAAAGAAACAACCGUGUGUUCACAAACACUGCACAAACAUAUCAGACGACUGUGGAGACUAUUUUCCAGCAGAUUCGAACUCACAUUGCUCACAUGGAUAUUGCUUGCACCUUCCCAGCAAGGAUUCGAGCUAUUUGGAAUCUUCAACCUGACUAA